AUGAACUGGCACGAUAUUCCUGACUUUGCUGAUAAACUAGCCAUGGCGAGCCAUGCUCAAUAUGUCAAACUCCCGAAACAGGGGAAACCACUUUUGCAUGAUUCCAAAGCCGAAUGGACCGUGCUUGCUUGCAUUCUCGCGGUUUAUGCUCAUGAGGAGGAAUAUUCUAUCAAAGUGGUAUCGUUGGGCACGGGGCUAAAGUGCUUGCCUUUUAGCAAACUGAGCCAGGACGGGCACCUUGUCAAUGACAGUCAUGCAGAAGUUAUUGCUCGACGUGGAUUUUUAAAAUAUGCGUUGCAGGAGUAUGAAAAGAACGAUCAAAAUUCACCGUUUAUGGAAACAAACGGCCGAGUCACGGUACGACCCCACCACAGCUUCCACAUGUAUAUAAGUCACUCUCCAUGUGGCGACGCUUCCAUGACAGCGUUAGCUGAGCAACAGAGCGCGGAAUCAUUUGAAAACUUUCAAUCUGGGAAACGAAAAGCGCCCACCGACAACAACGACUUUUUCACCGAAUACAUGUAUAGCAGUAAGAAACAAAAAACGGAAAUCCCCUCGGGAAAGCUCGAAAGAGGACGCUACGGGUUCGAAAGAUUAGGCAUCCUUCGUACCAAACCAGAUUGGAUUCUGAACCGACGUUGUCCAUGUCUUGCAGGUAUUCACGAAAGCGACAACGUCAGCGAUCAUGAUAAGCUAGCGCGAUGGAAUGUGCUCGGUUUACAGUCAGCGUUGCUUUCGCAUCUAUUUGAUCCAAUUUAUUUACAAUCCAUUGUAAUCGGUGACAUGUUUGAAAAAGAGUGUUUGGAAAGAGCACUUUACGGUCGAUUAGCUGGGCUUCAAGAUCUUCCUUCUCCAUAUACACUCAAUCGACCCACCAUUUUUGCAACCGAUAAACAGUUUGAAUCCUCCAAAGCUGCAUUAGAAGCCCGUAAUUAUACCAAAAUCAUUCCCAGCGGCACAGCCAUUCUGUGGGUUCCUGGAAUGGCGAAAUCAGAAGUCAUCGUUCAUGGACGAAAACAGGGCGCAGCCAAAGGCGUGAACAAUGCAAAAACUAGGUCUUGUAUCAGUAAAGCUGCAAUAUUCGAGUCAUUCAAUAAUGUCAUGCUGUCACAAAGAUCCAAGAAUGUUAGCGCUUCUACUUAUCGCGAACUUAAGCUUCAAGCAAAAACAUACCAAGCUGCGAAAACAUGCUUGCUCGACCAAUGCUUUCAUACCUGGGUUCAGGCGCCGGAAGCAUACGAACAAUUCUAUGUAAAUGGGUCAUUAUCCAAAAAUUCAUCUGAAGAAAAUGCAUUGCCCUGA